AUGGCAGAUGUAUCCAUACUUGGCCAGGAGAAAGUUGGUCGAAGAGCCAGGAAGGAACCCAUUGCACAAUUCAAUGCAGGUGUUGAAAAUACCGAUCAAUCAAAGUGUGACGUGCUAAUGAUCGGAGGCAACUCCUCCACCACUGGCAUUGAAAUAUCAAGGGCGAGCAUGCGCAAGGCGGUAGCAUCCUCUGCAUGCAAAGCUAUAGUAGAGCAGUCUCCGCUGCACUUCGUCGAUAGGAAGACUCCGUUAGACGCCGGGAAUGGGAGUUCAUGCCUGGCAGGACCCAGGUUCUUCUUCAAGGAUAUCAGAGUUUCCGCCUUUGAAAUGUGGUUGAGUUGUCGCCGAGUGUGGGAACGAUGAACUCCGAUGGAGGAACGAGAUGUACACCUGAUGUCAGACAACUUUAGCG